GAUUUCUCUCGCUUUUCCACAGGAAUUCAUACUUCAGCAUAAACUAAUCGUAAAUAGGUACUCACAAAGUGUAAAUAAAAAUGAAUCUUCAUAUGUUGACAACUAUCCUAAGCUUCAUGGAUACUUAUUUGCUUAUGGACGCGGUGAUUCCAGAUUUGGACGACCCUCAAGAAAUAUUACCGCCCGACAUGAGAUGGACAAUGUGGGACGACUCUAGAAUAACAUCAGAGUUCCAGUCCUUGGUCCACGCAACCGGUUGGAAGGAAGAAAGGAACAGCAAAGCCAAACUCAUAACCAUUCAUUCCCUGUGGUCCAAGGCCUACAACAGACGAAUUUUCAAAAGCACAGUG